GCUGCCGAGCGCGACCAAUCGCCGCCCGACCCACGGCAGGCGGGGGCCGCUCUCCCCCGACCGGCAGUAUGCGCUCAGACCCCGCACUGAGCGCACGUCCGCUCAGCUCCUACCGCGCGAACGUCAACCCGUGACAUGUUAUAAUGCAGUGAUGAGUGCGUGGACGGAGGAAGUGUUGUCCUGGCGCGACGACCGGCUAGGUCUCACAGAAUUGCCCACAGUGAACAGGAGAAAGAACCGCACCGCGCCGUACAGAUUACACAGGCCGCACUUGUCUACCGCUCACGUGCCAGAACCGGUACCGGAGGCCCAUGGAACGCAUAUUUCGAGGUUAUACCCCGAAUUGUUAGCGUUGAUAUUCGAGAGACUGCCCGUCAGAGACAGGGGACGGGCCGCGCAAGUUUGUCGCUCUUGGAGAGAUGCAGCUGACCGUCGGUCCGUUUGGCGAGGGGUUGAAGCCGCUUUGCAUUUAAGGAGACCAGCGCCCGUGCUAUUUGCAUCGCUAGCCAGGCGAGGCGUUAGAAAACUACAAGUUCUUUCUUUACGCCGCGGUUUACGAGAUGCCGUGGCGGCCCUUCCUGGUUUAGAAUCGCUUUCCCUCAGCGGUUGUUAUAGCGUGACCGAUGCAGCUCUUGCAAGCGCUUUCGCAACCGAACUACCAGCGCUACGAAGGCUAGAUUUAUCACUAUGCAAGCAGGUAACUGAUUCCUCGCUUGGGAGGAUAGCACAGUCACUAAAAAACUUGGAAGAGUUAGAACUAGGCGGAUGUUGCAAUGUUACAGACACAGGAUUGUUGUUAAUCGCGUGGGGAUUGAGAAAACUGCGUAGAUUGAAUCUAAGAUCUUGUUGGCAUGUAAAUGAUGAUGGUAUAGCUCACUUAUGUGGCGGUGGCGAGGCCAGAGGAACUCCAGAAUUGGAGCAUUUAGGAUUACAAGACUGCCAAAGGUUAACAGAUGAGGCUCUCAAGCAUGCCGCUACGGGGCUUCCUAAACUUAAAUCAAUCAAUCUUUCUUUUUGUGUUGCUGUCACUGAUGCUGGUCUGCGACAUUUGGCGAAGCUACCGCACUUGGAAGAUGUGAAUUUACGGGCGUGCGACGGCGUAUCAGACGCUGGCGUCGCCCACUUGGCGGAAAGCGGCAGAUUACGGGCCUUGGAUGUGUCGUUUUGCGAUAAGGUUGGAGACGAGGCGUUAUCACACGCGACUCUAGGCCUAUCCGGACUUCGCUCCCUAUCAUUAAGCGCUUGCCGACUCACGGACGAAGGUCUGGAGCGAGUCGCGAGGCUAUCGCAGCUAGAAACACUCAAUAUAGGCCAAUGUACCCGAGUCACGGAUAGGGGCCUGCGAGCGCUAGGCGACGGGCUCUUGAAUCUGAAGGCCAUAGACUUGUACGGGUGUACAUGCAUCACUCCACAAGGCUUGGACCAUAUCGUGAAGUUACCGCGUCUAAGUGUUCUAAACCUCGGUUUGUGGCAUGUGCGGUGACCACACACACACUAGUGUAUUUCUGUGCCGCGUAUGAGUGUGAGUGCGACGGCCAUAUUGGAACCGCCAAGGUUGUAUACUGGACAAAAUUAUAAAAUUAACCAAUUAUAAGAUAUUAUUGACUUAUCGUUAGGAGACGGGGUCGCUUUCUUUAUGUUCUGUUUGUCGUAUACAUUGUUAUUGUAAGUUUGUUGACUGAUUUCAUGUACUGUGAUUUUUUUACUGGUUUUUUGUUUGGUUAUGAAGAAAGUUGCCCCAAACCUAGUCGCUGUGUUAACUAGACCUUUUUCGCUUAUCUGUGUAUACUGUAUACAAUUAUUACUUAUCUUAAUAAUCACAUAUUUGUAAAUGUAACGUAAUGUAAUCAGUGAUUACGAAAAGGUCUGGUUCUCCUAUCUAAUUGCUCCAUUAGUUAGAUAUUUAGGCAUUUCAAAUUGUCGUUUUAAUUCGAUUUUUUGCGAAAUAACUUGUUGCGUUUUGUUUCAAGUUUUCUUUAAUGUUUUGGGAGAUCUCAUUAGUUGUUUAGUUGUUUUUAAUUGAUUCAAAGAACUUGUUUAGUUAGAUGUAUAUUGUUUUUUAUUAAACGGAAUCUUUGAAAAUGUUACUGUGAAUAGGAUAUUUUGAUAUUCUAUUACGAUUGUGAAGAAUAGAACAUCAAAAUAAAAAUGGAUUGUCUAUUGUAAAAGUUAGUUUUUGACACAUUUUUUCUGUAUCGACCUGUAUGAAAUAAUCAUAAGAAGUGGUAUAUUGAGCCAAGAUAACAGGCAUUAUCUGUAGAUAUAGUUUUAACAAAGCAUUUUCCUUGCAUUGAACGUAAUAAUGUUAAAUUUAAAUAAAACAAUCAAACACUGCAAUAAUGUUUUAUUUAAUUGUUAAUUUAUCGAACAAAAUACUCUCCCAUAAUCUCCUUUAUACGUAAGUUAGGUUUUUUUUAUAUUUUUCGCAAAAUGUCGAAUUGAAAUCUGUUGUAUAUUAACUGAAAAGUUGUUUUGUACAAAACUUAUGUAAUAUAGAUAAAAUGUAUUAAAUCAUCGUUUAAGUUGCCAAUUA